CGCUUGCUUCCCCCCUCCCGCUGCCGAUGGUCGGGCUCGCUUGCGCUGCCCGCGGCCCGGCGUCGCGAGUUCCCGCUCUCCCGCGUCCGCCUUCUCCCGCCCCCACUCCGUGCCGGCUCGGCGCUCGCCUCGGCCUCCCGCUCCCUCCCCCCGGCCCGGCUCAGCAGCCCUAUGGCGUACAGUCAGGGCGGCGGCAAGAAGAAAGUCUGCUACUACUAUGACGGUGAUAUUGGAAACUAUUACUAUGGACAAGGGCAUCCGAUGAAACCUCAUAGGAUCCGAAUGACCCACAACUUGCUGCUAAAUUAUGGCUUAUACAGAAAAAUGGAAAUUUAUCGACCCCACAAAGCUACUGCAGAAGAAAUGACGAAGUACCAUAGUGAUGAAUACAUCAAAUUUCUCCGAUCAAUAAGGCCUGACAAUAUGUCUGAGUACAGCAAGCAGAUGCAGAGAUUUAAUGUUGGAGAAGAUUGUCCUGUAUUUGAUGGCCUGUUUGAGUUCUGUCAGCUGUCAACUGGAGGCUCUGUUGCUGGGGCAGUAAAAUUGAACAGACAACAGACAGACAUGGCUGUUAAUUGGGCUGGAGGACUUCACCAUGCCAAGAAAUCAGAGGCAUCUGGUUUCUGUUAUGUCAAUGAUAUUGUGCUUGCUAUCCUUGAGUUACUGAAGUAUCACCAAAGAGUGUUGUAUAUUGAUAUUGAUAUUCAUCAUGGUGAUGGUGUUGAAGAAGCAUUUUAUACUACAGAUCGUGUCAUGACAGUAUCAUUCCAUAAGUAUGGUGAAUAUUUUCCAGGCACUGGGGACCUUAGGGACAUUGGUGCUGGAAAAGGCAAAUACUAUGCUGUCAACUUUCCAAUGAGAGAUGGUAUAGAUGAUGAAUCAUAUGGACAGAUAUUCAAACCAAUUAUAUCCAAAGUAAUGGAGAUGUACCAGCCCAGUGCUGUGGUAUUACAGUGUGGAGCAGAUUCACUGUCUGGUGACAGGCUGGGAUGUUUUAAUCUUACUGUUAAAGGUGGCAAAGCUACUUCAGUUGCUCAUACAGCUCAGAUUUUUUUCCAUCUUACAUAUCUUGGAAACCAAGAGAGCUGCUGCCUCCUACAGAUGCCUUUCAGUAUGCUGUAUCUCCCUGGAGUGUGUACUGUCUUGGCACCAGUUCACUCUAUAUUUUGCAUAUAUUGUCAACUCUUUUUGUGUUUGACAGGUCAUGCUAAAUGUGUGGAAGUUGUAAAAACUUUUAACUUGCCAUUGCUGAUGUUGGGAGGAGGAGGAUAUACAAUUCGUAAUGUUGCUCGAUGCUGGACAUACGAAACUGCUGUUGCCUUAGAUUGUGAAAUUCCUAAUGAAUUGCCAUACAAUGACUACUUUGAGUAUUUUGGACCAGAUUUCAAGCUUCAUAUUAGUCCUUCAAAUAUGACUAAUCAGAAUACACCAGAAUAUAUGGAGAAGAUCAAGCAACGCUUAUUUGAAAACUUGCGUAUGCUACCUCAUGCACCUGGUGUACAGAUGCAGGCCAUUCCUGAAGAUGCUGUUCACGAAGACAGUGGUGAUGAGGAUGGAGAAGAUCCAGACAAACGAAUUUCUAUUCGAGCAUCUGAUAAGCGCAUAGCCUGUGAUGAAGAAUUUUCAGAUUCUGAAGAUGAAGGGGAAGGUGGACGACGAAAUGUUGCAGAUCAUAAGAAAGGAGCAAAGAAAGCCAGGAUAGAGGAAGACAAAAAAGAGACGGAGGACAAAAAAGCAGAUGUUAAGGAGGAGGAUAAAUCCAAGGACAGCAGUGGUGAAAAGACAGAUGCCAAAGGAGCAAAAUCUGAACAGCUCAGCAAUCCUUGAACAAAAGAUAGCCUCUCAUCAGUUGCAGAACAUAAUACUAGAGUUGGAGAAUACCUAAAAGAAGAAAAGUUUUCAUAUGGAGAGAGACUGCUGAUUUCAUUUUGUACUAUUUGGCAUGGACCGUAUUUAUUUUCAAACGGCUUUGUUCUGGUUUUUGGCAAGUUGUAUUGUGAGUUUUCUAAUUAUGAGGCAGAAAAUUGUUUUCUUCACCAUGCUUUAUGUAAUAGUAUUUAAAAAUGGAUGUGAGUUAUUAUGUUAAAUGUCUAAACUGAUCUAUUAAAGUAAUUUGCCUUUCCUGAGCUGAUUUUACCUUUUUUGUAAUUUUAUCUUUAUUAAAAAAAAAAAAAAAAAAGAAAAAA